GGGGACCCGCCACUCGCAAAUUUGCAUCGUCGUGCUCAAGUGAUCAUGGAUCGUGACUCGCUCGUCUUCCUCGCCAAGCUCGCUGAACAAGCGGAACGCUACGACGAAAUGGUCGACCAUAUGAAGGCUGUCGCCAACAACCACAACGUGGAAUUGUCGGUGGAAGAGCGCAACUUGUUGUCGGUCGCGUACAAGAACGUGAUUGGAUCCCGCCGUGCGUCGUGGCGCGUGAUCAGCUCGAUCGAGAACAAGGGUGACUCGGACCGUGCGGAACACAUCAAGAACUACAGACUGAAGAUUGAAACGGAAUUGGUCGAAAUCUGCAAUGACAUUUUGCACAUUAUCGAACAAAACUUGAUCCCCAACUCGUCGUCGGAGGAAGGCAAGGUCUUUUAUUUCAAGAUGAAGGGUGACUACCACCGCUACUUGGCCGAAUUCCAAGUCGAAGACGAACGCAAGGAAUCGUCGGACAAGGCUUUAGAAUCGUACAAGCAAGCGUCGACCAUUGCGAUGGCCGAAUUGCCCCCUACCCACCCCAUUCGCCUUGGCUUGGCGCUCAACUUUUCCGUGUUCUACUACGAAAUCCUGAACUCGCCCGACCGCGCGUGCAACCUCGCCAAACAAGCGUUUGACGACGCCAUUGCCGAAUUGGACACCCUGUCGGAAGAAUCGUACAAGGACUCGACUUUGAUCAUGCAAUUGUUGCGAGACAACUUGACGUUGUGGACGUCGGACCAAGAACCCGACAACGCCGACGCCAACCAAGGCGACAUGAACGUCCAGGAUGUAGAAUAAAGGAGCCUGUGAGCUCCCAUCGCAGGGUGUCUUUUUAGAUAAUUCAACCACUAUUUUA